GUUAAUUCGUGAAGAAGCCGUUCUUGAAGCAGGUUGUCGAGUUUGUGCAGAAAAAUUCUGUGAAUUUCGUGUCUUCCGUUAAUGGUGUGUAGAAUAUGUGGUAAAGUGGUUUCUUAUCGACAAAAUGGCCAACAGGAAAAACCCGUCCGGAUGGUUUUUGCGCCGGCUGUAUCAUUCGGAGUUCAGCAUUAUCGACAUUCCGGAGUCGGGCUGCAUAGAAAUAUGCAGAAAUCAAAAUAAAUCAUGCAUUCCUCUUCCUGCCGCGGCUUUCCGGCACGUAUCCCGCGUACAUUGUCGACUGGAAAUCAUGAACAACCGGGUUAUUUUAAGCGAUACUCAGUCUGCAACUGGUACGUACGUGAACGAGCGGGAAUUGAGCAAAAACUUUCCUGGCUCGAUCGAACUGGAAGAAGCCGAUCUUUUGGGAGUGGGAGUAAAAACGGUGCUGGAUCCCGAGUACUACGCUGCACACAGGAACGCGCUGCUGUUUCGCAUCUGUAGACGACGGAACAGAAAUGCCGAGGCUGCUCCGAUCGUGCUUAGCAGCGAUGACGAGGCAGAUGCGACCGUGGCUCCCACCAGCCAGCCGGCUCCUGUACAGGUGGAGGUUUCCGAUGAAUCAGAAAAUAUCGAUGGAAACACCGUUGCUCCAGCUCGGAGGAGGUCGAGCGUGUUUGAAGAUCGAUCGGUAUGUGUGGAGAUACACGAGCGAUUGGACUCGAGCUCGUCAUCGAAAACGGAUCAUGUCGUGGAUUCCACCCCCAAAAAGGAAUAUGAAUCCGAUACUGGGACUAGGUCGGAUGAGGAGGAUGAAAUCAUGGUCAUCUCGGACGAUGAAGACUUCUCCGAGCGGCAUUAUUCGCAGCUCUUGCUACAGAGCAUCAAGAAGGAGACGAUGGAUGAUGCGCUGCUGGAAGAUCAGGAAUUGCAAGAGCAAGAGCUGGACGAUCGGCAGGUGUUAGAGGAUCGUCAGGACGUGCAAGAUGACGAGCAGGGCGGAUUUUUGAAUCUGAAAAAAGAUUCUGAUAUGCGAAUGUCUCAAUCUGUGCCAUCAUCGGGCACUGUAUCGCCUCCGCCGGAUGUUGUGCCGCCUCCAGAAGUUGUGCCCCCACCGGUAUCCUCGGCUGGGAGGAGUAUAGAUUCCGUUGAUCGUCCGAUGUCAAGCGCUACCAUUGUCCGACGCAAAUCGGUUUGUUUGCUGGAUGAACCUGAGCCCCGGAAGGCUAAGCGAUCGAAGUCAUCGAUAAGCCAACGCCGAGCAUCCGUUGCUGCGCACACUAGCUUCAAUGCUAUGCUUAACAAACGCCGCCUCAGUGUUUCGUCCCGACCACCGCAAACCAGCCAAACACAAGCCAAUAAGGAAGAACGGGCGAAAAGAUUGCGUGAGAUAACGAUGAAGGACGCUGCCAAAAAGACAGCAGAGGAUACCGAUAGCCGGAAGGCUAAAAUGGUGGGCACAGUGCCUGGUGUUAAAUUUACACCGAAUAACCGUGGUCAGUUCCUGACUGACCUGGAUGUUCCGAGGCCUGCUCGACGUCCGUCGGUUUCGCGACCGGCGGCUUUCGAAGAAAGUAUCGUUUGCACCCAAUCUACGGAAGUAACCACUCUUCUUAAUGACAUCGACGACUCAACGCGAUAUGCUCCGGCUCAAAAGUUGAGUUUCCGAAACGUUAUUUACACCAGCACCAGCGUAUCUCACAACAAACCAUCUAGCGCUACCACCGGUGGUGCUGGUUCUAAACCUACGACUAAUACCCCUAGGACCACUAGUUCCUGCGGCAGUAGCUCUGGCGAUAAGAGCGCUAUUGUUCCAAGCACAAGCACUUUCAGUUGCAGACAGAGCAACAUCGCCCGGGAUAGACCGUCUACAUCGACGGCACGGAAGACGUCAGUGGCCUUGAAACCGUUGUUAAAAAAGAAAAACCUCUACAAAGAACCAGACAGUAGCGAUCCACAGACUGAGCGGCAAGCACGGGUGAGGUUUGCUACGGAGGUUCAAAUGAAAAUCGUCCCGACCUAUAUUGAAAGGAUGCGUGCAUCGCCCGAACCUCCGCAACAGCUGAUGUCAAUAAUGAAAGAUCAAGAGUUGACAGAAAUCUCUACAAUCGUGUCCUGGAGCACCGACUUUUGUACUUCCGCCACAGAACCGCUUGCUGAUUUGGCUCCAAUGCAGAAGGAAAGGUAUUGCUCAGUGGAAAACUUCCGAACUACUUUGCGUCCGAUCUUACUACUAGAGCUGAAGCAUGACCUUUGGACACUGCAUAAGGAGCAAACAGCCCCUGUGAUAUGGCACGUUUCAAUCCAGUGCAUUAAACCGAUGAGGCAACAGGUGAAACAAAUGAUUUGCGAAAUGUAUACAGAUUCUAGUGUAGUAAAUCGAUUUUUGUCGCUAAGUGAAAUCGGUAUACUGCAGUGCUGUACUUUCAGUGGUCAGCAGUCCCGUUGCUUCGCCUAUGUGGCUACGAACGCUAGACCAGUCGGCAAUGGUUCGGACCGACUAGGAGAGAGCGCAGUGCAGCGAUGUGCCCGAUAUAGUUGUCUGCUAUACAUAGCGAGCGAUACGAUUGACGAAACGGUUGGCCAAUGGGGACCGAUCACUUUCCGGUCAAUUACGGUUCUGAAUCCGCACAUUCGGCAGCUGGUUGCGUUAGACUUGCUAGAAUACUCACUCCUGAAGCAAGAUGUCCUAUCACCCACUCACAAUCAAGACGUGUUGGUCGCACCCGGCAAUGGCUUCUCAGGACAGCCAGAACUGCGUGAUAUCAUCAUGGCACGUACCCCACCGCAAACCCUGAACGAUCAGCAAAUGCAGAUUAUGCUCUCCGUCUUGGAUGAGUGCUCUCGGAUGAGCCGAUCCAGCAUUUCGCUCAUCCAGGGACCACCGGGAACUGGCAAGUCACGUCUCAUCAGUCAGCUGGCAGUCGAGCUCUGGCGACUCGAUCCGAAUGCAGACUUUGCAGAAGGCACGUCAGAAGCAUCGGCUACUAACAAGAUACUGAUCUGUGCGCAAUCGAACACGGCCGUUGAUGUGAUUGCCAGUAAACUGUACCAGCUGCAAAAAGUGAUAGCAUCUGAUAAACAGUUCAAAGUGGUGCGGAUAGGAACACCGGAAAAAAUUGAUUAUCACUGCCGUGAUAUCUAUCUCGACGUUCUAACAUGUCAAUACAUUCUGGACUACUGCAGUCGUGCGGUUCAUACUGGAGCUAGCAGAGAGCUCGCGGAUAUGCAACAGUUGAAACAGACGCUGAAAUUAGAGUCAAGGUUUAAGGAUGUGCCGGUAAAGGAGGUGCGACGGCGGGUUGGCAAUUUGAAGAGCACCGAAAAAUCAAUUAUUAACAAGAUUCGCGCCCGCAUACUGAAGCAAGCGGACAUUGUGUGCACGACGCUCGGGAGCUGUCACUCACUCUACACGAUAGCAUCGGACGUAAGCUUCCAUUUUUGUAUCAUAGAUGAGGCCACUCAGUGCACGGAAGCGUCCUCGUUGCUACCGCUCCAGUAUGGGAUGUCGAAGCUCAUACUUGUAGGGGACAUCAAGCAGCUACCGGCCACUGCGCUCGCACGCGAGUCCGGCGUUGCCGGUUUUCGGCAGUCUCUCUUCGCGCGCAUCUACCGGUGCUACAGCGUUUCCGGCGCAAAGAGGGCCGGUGUGAAGGAGCUGGUUAUUCAGUAUCGUAUGCAUCCGGACAUAUGCAAAUGGCCGAAUGAAUACUUUUACAACGGAGCGCUUAUCAGCGAUCCAAUAACGACGGCUCUGUAUCGUAAACAACCGGUGAUUCCGUACCUCGUCGUCAGUUUGGAUUACGAUCAGAACCAGACGCAAGUGCAGCAUCACGUGUACAACCGUGAUGAGAUGAUGGUGGUGGUACAGCUGGUUCGGAAGGUGAGGCUAAUUUGCCGCCGGGGUACGAGUAUCGCGAUUAUUACGCCCUACCAGCGCCAUAAGUACGAGAUUGACAAGGAAUUGGAACGCCAACGGUUGCAACACAUUUCUGUGCUAUCCAUCGACUCGGUGCAGGGUAAGGAAUACGAUGUCGUGAUCGUAUCGCUGGCACGUUCACACGGCACAGGGUUUCUCAAUACGCCGGAACGAAUCAAUGUUGCCCUAACCCGUGCCCGACAGUGCAUGGUCCUGUGCGGGAAUUUCGCUGCACUCAAGCAUACUCCAGUUUGGUUGUCAUUGCUGGAUGAUGCAGAAAACCGGCGACUCUUGCAUGUGCCGGAAGAUUUUGGGGCCGACACAAACGCGCUGGUGGAGAGCGUUUUGAAAAAGCUACUAGUAACUGCUCCUCCUAGAGCCCUAAAUGGCAACGGUCCAGCGAAGUUGCCAUCCUAAGUACAACCAAGACAUCAGAUCCAGAUCCCCAAAGACUAAACCGACCAAAGCAUAGUUGCCAUGCUUGCCAUACCAUUGGCAGUGCCUUGUAUUACAGUAUCAUUGGAAUCUCCUGCGACAUGAGUGCAAAAAUUAGGCAUAAGACACACUGCCGAUGUUAUUCUUUAUAAUAAAAGUACAAUGCGCAUUGUUGCAAUCGCUAACUGAAUUGAAUCAACGAAAUAAAUCUCAUUAAACACCAUCAUUACCAA